GUUAACAGCGCAACAGUCUGGAAUUUGCAAGACAGCUUUUAUACGAUUUUAGAACCCGCCAAAAUUAUCGCGAGAUCUCCCCGCCUUCAACCCCUCUCUGCAAUAUAUCGGACAGGGCUCCCCCUAUUAAGCUAGCCGUCUAACAGGCACUCACCUACUACUCUUUAUAACAGUAGGUUCUGGCCUAGGCUUAUCGCCAGGGCCAAUUACAUAGUUCCAAUGCAUCACAGCCGUCGCAAAUCUGGCCAUGCCUCGACCAAUAGUUCAACGACUGACGUCCGCAAGGCGGUCACAACUGCGGAUGCAAAACCCAGACGGCCACAGAUGUUGACCAGGAAAUCAACACCACAAACGGUGCUCAAACUGGGCAAGAACCCAAAGGAUCGCGAAAAGGAAUGGGAAGAGGAACGCUGGUUCGAGGAUGAGCGAGAGAGCUUUCCUCAAUUCUGCAUGACCUGCGAAAAGCAAUUCACCCCACAAGAUGAGAAGUUUUUAUACUGCUCGGAGGCGUGUCGCGAGCGUGACCAAAAUGCAAGCGUAAGAGCAUCGUCAUCGCGCCAUUCGUCCAGGGGACAUGAAAGCUUCGGGGCUACUUUACCGUAUUAUUCGGUUGGAAACUCGGAACCCCGAGACAUCAUCCCGCGUGCCUCACCGUCUCGUUGGUCGCCUCCCACAACACCAACAACUGGUCAAUACACCAAUGCCGUCUCAGCCCUGAGGUCAUUAAGCAUACGGCCGGUGAGCCCGACUUCGCCGAUAUCAAGCAAUGCAGUUUGGCCGUUUACGCGCAGUGCUGUCACCAGCCCCAGUACGUCGUACACGAAAUCGGCCAAUAGCUUUUUCUCGUCAACUUACGAUAACGGUUAUGCAGUUACGGGCUAUGGAUAUCCCCAAAGUGGGAUGACGGACCGACCAUUACCCUCCAGAAAGCCGGGUGCCUACUCGAGACCUAAGAGUAUCGAGUUAGUUACACCGAUAGUUGGCCGCUGAGCGUGUGGUCUAAAAAUGAGCUCUGGCCCGCCAUAGUGCUGACGUGAGCUUCGGAGAGUUUUUAUUAUACACAUUGCCCAGUUUUGU